AAUGUGUACGGAAUAAUGCGCACGUGUAGUGUUGGGAACAAGGCAGUUGAAGAUACAGCAUGCUCCUCUUGUUCAUUCGUGGAGUUGUGUCUACGAGUGUCACUCCUAGCUAACAAGGACACUUACCAGAAGUUUAAUAGGCCUGUGACCUGUUCUGGAAUGGCAUUUGUGAUGUCGAACAAUAAACAUUUGAACUUGGACCAGCUGGUGAUUGCUGUCAUCUUGUCCUCCUCCAAGACUAAACAGGACAUAGACCAGCUGAUCAAGGAGGUGUGCAAGCUUGCAGUCAGCAAGAAAUAUCUACCAGUGGAAGAAUUAUGCCUUCAGUGUCCCCGGGCAUGCUAUGUACUGCAAGAAGUACUGCACUUGUUUAACUUUCUGCAGAAUACUAUCAAUGAUUGCUUGUUUAACUUGAAGAGAUAUUAUGUUGAUCAGUGGAGUACUGAUGGAUUCAAAGAGUUUCAAGACAAUUAUAGUAAUCAUGUCAGGAACACGGUACCUAGUGAUUUCAGUAAUGCUGUAGCAGUGUUAGCUCAGUGUUAUACUGAAGUAAUGGAGAACUUUCACUGUGAACAUGACAUUGGAAUGAAAGAUACAGAGAAAAAUCAGAACAGUCAUGAUACAAUUGCUCAUGGCUUUGAUGUAAAACUACAGCAAGAAAUUGAUGGUUUGGGAACUAAUCUCUUUAAAGUCAUAACAUCUUUAGUGGAGGAAAACUGGGGUAUGUUGAACAAAACAUGUAUGUAUAGCCCUGAUAAGACAUGCACUUUAAAAUUUAGAAUGCCUACAGUUAUAUGGCCAAUAGCUGUGCAGUAUGACCUGGUUCUGCUUCGGAAGAUACUAAGGAAUAAACGAAAAAUAAGAAAGCAGUCAGAACCAAAGACCAAAUUGAGACUCCAGUCUGCUGUACUCCUUCAGUCACUUGCCACACAUGAUGUAGUGUGUCCUGUUGACCCAUCACCCUCAGCCAGGCCUUUGAGAAAAGACCAGUCUUCAGACUUAACUGCACUCCCAGCUCAUUCAUGCUUACAAAUCAAAUCUUCUGCACAGAUCUUAUCUCCAUUCCCAGCACCUCCCUCCCCAGAUUUUUCACCUCUUCAGCCAGAUGUGUCUUCCUCCCAACCUCACUCAUAUACACAGUCCUUACAUUCUCCUUCAGCUCCAUCUUCACCCCAUCUCCUCUUACAAGCCACCACACUGCCUACCUUAGGCUAUCCUUCUGUCAGAAAAGAAGCAAUCACACUAAGUCCGUCAGGUUUCCCUCCAGUCCCUGACGUUACUGUCCAGCAACCCAUGCACCAGAUUCUGCACACUAGCCAGUCCUUCCCACAAGCCCUUCCUGUGUCAGACACGUCCUCAUUCCUUGAGCAUUCCUCCCCACAAGUGUUGUCUCCUCCAGAUAUGCUGCCACCUCAUUGCCACCCUUUUGCACAAAUCCUCCCUGAUCUUCACACAUCCCUAAGCCCUUGCCAGUCCUCAGAAAUCAAUUCUCCUCAGAAAAUGUGCUCACUCCAUAACCACUCCUACCCACGCACCUCUCUUGUGCCAGACAUGCCUCCAUUCCAUACCUAUCCCUUCCCACACACCCCACUUACUCCAGACAUGCCUCCAUUCCAUACCUGUUCCUUCCCACAUACUCUGCUUACUCCAAACAUGCCUCCAUUCCAUACCUUUCCCUUCCCACACACCCCUCUUACUCCAGACAUGCCUCCAUUUCAAUCCCAAUCCUUCCCACAAAUCCCUCCUCCAGCCAUGUCAAAAUUCUGUACUAAAUCCUUCCCUUACCCCCUUCCUCUUCCAGGCAUGUCCCUAAUCCCAGCCAAAUAUUUUCCACAGGCUUUACCUCCUUCUUACAUGUUUUCUUUCUCUACCAGACCCUUCCCACAAACUUUGUCUCAUGUCCCAGGUUUGUCCUCCCUUUCAGCUCAGUCCUUCCAACAACACUUUACUCCUUCCACAGCUCAAUGUUCCCAAAAUAUCUUAUCUUUUACCCCUAAACCACUUUCACACCCAGUCCAAUCUUUAAGGUCACCUCAGCCUUAUCAACAAGCCUCACCUCCUUUAAGUUUGUCUCUUCCCCAAGCUCAGUCUUCCAGUACCCUUUUGUCUCUACCCCAAGCUCAGUCUUCCAGUACCCUACCUCCAAACCCAGAUCUGCCUUCUUCUCCAAUCCAACCUUUAAUGUCACAUAUGACUGAGGGUCCUCAAGCGGUCUAUCCUUCUGUGCCAUCCCAGCCUCAUCCUCUGCCUGCCAGAAAGGAAAAGAUUUCUUCCACACUAAAGGAAUUUCACACCGAAGUAGAUUUUACAGAGGACAGCUAUAUACCAUUUGUUACCAAAAGCCAAGUUAUGGCAGACAUUAAAAAUUUGCCUGAUAGAGAGCAGUGUCAUAAAAAUAUACCUUUGCCUGAAUCUAGUGAUAAUUCAGUCACUAGUAAGAGGUCAUUUGAACUACAUCAAAGCACAAAGAUCUCAAGAAAAGAGGAAGCUGAAAAGAAAUGUGAAGAAAAUUGUAAAUCCAGAAGCGAGUCUCAAAAAGACUGUACCUGUGUAUGGGCUACUUCAAAUGAGCAAGGAGCUGGUAUCCCUAAGAAGCAACACACGGAUAAUCCUCAAGAAGAUAUGAAUACCAUCCAGUGCUUCAGUGAGGAUAUUGAUGGAAAUCUUGAUUGUAUUUCAGAGGAAGAUGUUGUGCCAGUUUAUGCUCUUCCAAUGGUAGAGCUUCCUUUACCAUAUAUAAUGCCCAAAGAGCAUGUAGAAGAGGCAGUGCUAUCCCAUGUGCAAAAUCCUGGCCAUUUUUACUUGGUUCUUGGCAAACAAGGGAAUUUGAUGGUUGAAAGAUUGUUAGAAGAUCUUCAGGAUAGAUACAAAGAUGAUGAUGAGCCUCUCAAAGUUUGGGAACUUCCACUGGGAUCCUGCUGGGCUGCUCGAUGGACUGAUGGUUGUUGGUACAGGGUCAAAGUUAUUGCCAAUAUUGCUCCAUUAAAGGUAGAGAGAGAAGAGUGGCAAGUGAGGGUGCUGCUGGUGGACUCUGGAGAAGAGGGAGUGAUUCCCACACAAAAUAUUCGUGUUCUGCAUGAUCCCUUUACAGUCUUGCCUUGUUAUGCCCUGCCAUGCCACCUGGCUGAGAUUUAUCCUGUGUGUGCUUGGGAGAAUGAACCCUGGCCUGCUAGUACUACUCAUGCCUUUGUUGACAUGUGCCUGGACUCUGUCUCUCCACUUACAGCAUAUGUUCUGUCCAAACACCUGAAUGGUACAUAUGGUGUCAUCUUGGAGCGAAGAGAUGGUGAAGUAGUGAACCUCAAGAUGGUACAUGAUGGCCUGGCUGUCUCAAAACUCCUGAAAGAAGUAAUUUCUAAACUAGAAAAAAGCAGUAUUUUCCCUUCUCAGCUACAAGGUCUUCUGGAGAACCAAGAGACAGAAACUGAGUUCCCUAAUGACUGGGAUCCCAUGUCAGAGGAUUUCAAGAGUAGUAGCAACACAAUUCUUCUCAAUGAUGAGUGUGCGGAAACCAUGUUCCUGGGGUGGAGGAACACAGAUGGGGAGCGUCAGUGCAAGUACCACCGAGCUGGCCGUCAGUGCCCAAGAGGAGAGACUUGCCCCUGGGAGCACACACCAGUCCGAGAUGAUAUUACUGUUGAGAAGGAGAUGGUAUUGUCCGAGAGUUUUCUUCCAAGUGCUUUGCCCACACAAGGCUCUCUCUUGGCAGCCAUAGUGACUUCAGUUACCUCUCCUUCCUCUUUUUACAUCCAUCUUCCGUACGGGACAAAGAACCUGACAGCUUUGGGCCAUGAAGGCUCGGACGACAACUCUGAGUUAGAGGUGUUAGUAUCAGCCAUGCAAAAGUUCUAUGGUCAGAGAGGCCAUGCAGUGAAAAGCCUUAGUCUGCCUGCACCAGGAGAACUUUUGGUAUUGCUGGAGUCUGGUUCAGAGGGGCUAGACUGCUCUCGGGUACUUGUCUUGGAAGUGAAUGACUGCAAGAAAGAUGCAUGUCAGGUCAAGGUUUUCUUCAUUGACUUUGGGCAUGAAGAAUGGGUAAAACAGGAAAUGCUUCAGCCCUUGGCUGUUCAGUUUGCCCAUGUGCUACCACAUGCUGUAGAAUGCUGGCUGAGUGGGGUGAACACACCUGCUGAGGGUUGGAGUGCUGAAGCUACAGAAAUACUCAGGGAAAUGAUAGAGGAACACACUCUCGUGGCACACAUCCUGCAAGUGGACAGCAAUUUCCAAAGAGUGGGUGUGGAGCUUAUAGACACAGAAGGAAAACAAAAGCUCAGCAUUAAUGAGGACUUUGUCUCAAGAGUGUGUUAAGAAGGAAAACAGUCAUUUGUUUGUUAGGCUGCAGUCCUUCCUUCAAAGGUGGUGCUCUAUGAGGUUAACCCCUGUAGUAAGAGAAAGUUGAACAUGCACUCCCUUUGUCUGUAUUGUGUUCCCACAGAGAAGACAAUCAUGAUGUCAUAUAUCUUGGAUCUUUGGUGUAGCAUAUAGCUGCUGCAAUUGCUGGCAAGUAUUAAAGCCAGGUUUAGGUUAAACUCACUUAGGAAAUACAUUACUUAAAAAGGUCAGUAUGCUUUGGACCUAUUUAUUUAUUUAUGUUUUAUUUGUUUUAAUUUGAUUUAUUUAUCAAAGAAUUUUAAGUUUUUUGAAGAUAUAUCUUGUAGUAAAGGAAACAAAUGGCAUUGUGUUUGUUAUGUCUUGCAAAGAAUAUAUACUUAAGUUACUUGACACAUAUGUUUCUCUAUAGGACAUGAGAAACAUUUGGCAUAUGGUAAGUAUCAUCAGAAUUAUUGUUGCACUUUCCACCUUUAUGUAUUCAAUGAUUCAGGAGUACAAGGAUACAUGUGAGAUUGGUAUUUGUAUCCAAGUUUACAAUCAUGAAUUUGCUAUGUAAUACAUGUAUUUUUUUUCCUGCUGGUGAAUUGAUUGGAACAUAUAAGCAGAGCAAUUGAAGGAAAAUUAAAGUCAUGCUGCUGUUGAAGAAUGUUGUCAGCUUAAUUUUGUUUCUUCAAAUUGGAGUCCUGAUUGAAUAAAUUUUAAAACAAAUAGUA